AUGUGCGUCGGGAUAUUAGUCCGUGUCCGAGGUUCAAAUAGUUUUGUUUACAGAAUGGAUGAAUUUAAAGCAUGUGUUCUAGAAUAUUUCCCUGAAAACAUUCUAAUUGACGUGUUAUCGUAUCUGAGCGUACGAGAGCUCGUCAGAGCUGGAAGAGUGAGUAAGAGAUGGAAACGCCUCGUUAAAGAUCAGAGACUGUGGAGACUUGUCGAUCUCACUGCAUGGAAGGGGAUGACAUCUCGCAUACUUUGGGUCCUGCUGCGUCAGUACUUUGGUUGUGGACUACGAUGCUUACGGUUACGUGGUUUGCUGCUCUCUGCACGAGGUGGCACCAUUCUCUCUGAGCCUUGGCUCAAAGCACUGUCCACAAAGUGCCCUCGCCUGAAUAAGCUAUAUCUUCUACAUGCUGACCUGAGAACCCUGCCCAGUUGCCAGCUCCUACCUCCAUCUUUGAAGGUUCUGGAGCUUCGUGGCUGUGAACUCCCUCGUGGAUUUUUUGAACAGAAACUGCCUGCUUCACUCACUAGUUCUCAGAACAAAGCAGAAGCUGCAUCCAGUGCUGGCGCUCAACAGCAAGGACAGAGUCGCAAAGAAAAAGCACCUAAGUCUUCCUCAGAGAUUCUAAUUGAGAGGUUAGUCCUUAACAAUGUGCCCUCUUUCACUGAUCAACAUCUGCAGAGUCUGACAUCAUGGAACAAGCUUAGUCGAUUGGAGUUGCGUGACACCUUUCGUGUGACCGCUAAUGGGCUUAGGAGCAGUGCUGCCAAGGAUGGCGUCUGUGGGGUAGAAGGACUUUCUAGGCUCAAAUAUUUGGAAAUAGGUAUUACAGGACGGCAGGGCUACCAGUUACAGAUGGCUUCCCUAGGGCUAGGGGCAGGAUGGCUUGGACUGGAGGAACUGAGUCUAGGUGGUAAGGAGGUGAGUCCAGGCCUUCUCUGUGCGAGUCGCCUCAAGGACCUAAAAAGUCUGUGCCUGUGGGCCUGCACACUCAGUGAGAUGCAGAUUGUCAGGAGCUGCAGGAUGCUUCGUGGACUCCGCCAGCUGGAGUUUUUGGAUGUCACCUUCCAACCUCGGCAGUGUUUACCUGUGGUGGAAGGGGAAGGUGGUGGUGAAGAGGAACAGGACAAUGAAGCUGCAGCUGGAGAUGGCAGCAAUGAUGAAAACAAGACAUUGGAUCCUAUUCUAAGUCUGCGUCGCUCACUGGCUUCUUCACUGCCAUCCUGCAAUCUAGUUUUCACCAAUUGCUCUGUUCAGAUGAAUGCAGACUAAAUGAGGUCUACAAGAAGUAAAAGAUGGAUAGAUACACUUAUUUUUCACACAGAUGUGUGUGAGUGUAUUGAUAAAAUGAUUGACUUUUUUAUUUUCAUACCCAUACUUAGCCAACACUGACUUACAGUCUAUGAUCAUUUUUUAUUGCCAGCGCUGCAUAAAUGAGAUUGAAAUAUGAUUUUCAUGUCAUUGUGUAAAACAAGAAAAAACUCAAGGCAGAAACAUAUAGAACAAGAAAUGUUAGUAACAGUUUGUGUCAUACAUUUAUUGCACAGAUAAAGGAUUUGUGAUACUGAAGCAAACUGACAAAAAAACGUAAUUAAAUUGAUAUCCAGA